CCACGGGGCAAGUUAAGAACUUUUAUUUUGAAAGGUCGUGACACAUUUGUUCGUUGUCAGUGAUUGGAUGAGCGGAUUGACCAACAGGAAGUCGUGAUAAUAGACUGUAAGGCUGAAUUGUCACGUGUAGUUGUUCAAAAUGCUGCGGCGAGAGGUGAGACUGAGAAAGGAAUACCUGUACAGGAAAGCACAGGAGGACAGACUGUACACUAUUGAAGAGAAAAAACAGAAGCUCAAAUCAGCUUUAGAUGAAAAUCGUCUUUUACCCACCGAAGUUCGGAAGGAGGCUUUAGACUUACAGAAACUGGUGGAGUUUGAUGAUGAGGGUGGAGAAGGUGUUAGUUCUCAUAUGGAUGAUGAGUACAAAUGGGCCGGAGUGGAAGACCCCAAAGUUAUGGUCACAACAUCCAGAGACCCCAGCUCUAGACUCAAGAUGUUUGCCAAAGAAAUGAAGCUGAUGUUUCCAGGGGCCCAACGUAUGAACAGAGGAAACCAUGAAGUUAAAACAUUAGUACAUGCGUGCAAAGCUAAUAAUGUCAGUGAUCUUGUCAUAGUUCAUGAGACCAGAGGCCAACCAGAUGGUUUGGUGGUGUGUCACCUUCCUUUUGGACCGACAGCCUACUUCACAUUGUAUAAUGUGGUAAUGAGACAUGAUGUUCCAGACAUUGGCACCAUGUCCGAGGCCUUCCCUCACCUCAUCUUCCACAACUUCACGUCACGUCUUGGCCGAAGGGUCUCUAACAUCCUAAAGUAUCUGUUUCCUGUACCCAAAGAGGAUAGCAGACGUGUUAUUACAUUUGCAAAUACAGAUGAUUUCAUCUCUUUCAGACACCAUACCUACAAGAAAACCGAUCACAAGAACGUUGAGUUGACAGAGGUUGGACCCAGAUUUGAGAUGAAAUUGUACAUGAUCAAGCUCGGCACACUGGAGAACGAGACUACUGCAGAUGUUGAAUGGCGACUCCAUUCUUACACACGCACUGCCAAAAAGAGAAAAUUUUUAAGUGUGGAAUAGCCCAAUGUACUCAUGAGAAACCUGCGUUGUUCUGUCAAAAUGGACAUUUUCAAUGUAAUUCCACCGAUAAAGCGGUCUUUUUUCAAUUUAGUUGUGACAUUUAAAAAGAUGGAUGAAUUUCUUUCAGUAUUAUGUUGUCACUUCCGCAAAUUAAAUGUUUUGUACAGAGUCACCUGAACAUUAAAAAACGUUCUUUACAUUUGUA